AUGUGUCAAGACACGGAUGAUAAGCAACAGCAGAUAGAACAGAAAUACUCUUUUGAGAAUGAUGGUGGGCACACCUUUGUGACCAAGACCUCCAGCCAUAGCCUUGACACAAACCCAGCCGUCGUCCUCGUCGAGACCCGUCAUCGCCAGGCAAGACGUGGUGGAGGAACGUUCACAAGGCUAAGGCAGACAUCGGAUUAUCGAGUGAAAACUUCGCUUUCCUCGCCCACAGAUUUGUUAGCUCAACAGCUCGUUCGAGUUAUUGAAUCUGAUGCAGGCAACAGUCCUAUUCCACGAAAGGCUUGGCUUCGUCUGUUGCCAUCACGACUACCAUCAUCGCCGAUCCUUUGUGACGCAGUUCUACUUUUCUCAAACUGCUGGGACAAGUCUCUGCAAAACACAUCGAUCUCUCCCUUUGAUCAUCAUGCCUACCAAAAGGCUUUGGGCAGUCUUCGACCGGCGAUUGAGUCACAGCCGAGCCUAGAUACGCCUACUGCUGCCGCUAUCUUAUUGUUGCAAUCCUCUGAGUUCUACUUCAACCUAGACCGGGAAGCAAGCCAAGUCAAACACAUGGCGGGGCUUCAAGCUAUCAUAAGCAUCAAGGGGCUACCAUCACCCCUCGACGAAUUGGACCUACACCUAUUCUGCGAUAGUGUUGGAACUAUCGUCCUCAACAUGAUUCUCGACGGUGAUGACGAUGCGUUUCGAGGACCGCGCAUCGUUAACGCUAUGCACUCUGCACUUCACGAGGAUAUAGAAACACAAGGAAUAAGCUCGGAGCAGUACCGCCUGUGUCUGUUCACGAUAUACUGGUGCAAGCUUGCGUCUAGCCUGCGUCGUGUUAUCCAGGCGUCUGCCAUAGACUCAACCCUGACACUGAUGGCUGAGGCAAAAGAAGUUGCGGAUGCAUUAGUCCGAUUCGAAGAGGAGAAACUGGCACCGAUCUUGGCGGAUAGGACUAAAAUAUGGACUGUGCCUGAUGAUAGUGUCCCUGGCGGUUUCGCGUACCAGUUCUCUGACGAGAGUUACUGCGAACUCCUUCUGACACUUGUUACGAUUAAUAUCCCGGUCUGUCAGAUCCUGCUCUCCACUUGCGAGCUUCUUGCUCUGCCAGGUUAUCACCUGAGCCAGCGGCUUCAAAAAUUGAGCAAGCGCAUGUGGAUGUCGAUACCAUACGUCCAAAGCAGGUCCUUGGCACAACAGGGCAGCACGGUCGUGCCUCUGAUACUCUCGUUGGAGCAUGCUAAUUCGGCAUGGAGCGACAGUCUGGUAAGGACGAUAGUCGAAUUUUUGGGUCCUCGAUCUGUGUUCCUGCCACCAGAGCCGACCGAUUUCCUUUUGGAUCAUGCAAUGCGUCUCACUGGGCGAGCUCCUACGUAG